UCAUUUCUCGUCUAAUCCCCAGUGCGGGAGCUGACGUCACCGCCGGUCACAAUGCGCGGCCAUCUGUACCCUUACCAGUUACCCAUUUCCCUUGAAUCCGAUUCUUUCUUCUCUCUUAUCCUACUCCCCCUUUCCCUCCGGCGCACUUUAGCACACUCCAGCCUCCCACACUUCCCUUCCCCUCUUUCCCAUGGACGCCAUCCGGUCCUUCCAUAUCUCCACCCGUCCCCCCUCCGCACCCGGCGGAGGAGGCGGCGGUGGAGGAGGAGGCCGCGAAGACUGUUGGAGCGAAGGUGCGACGGAGACCCUAAUAGAGGCGUGGGGAGACCGUUACGUUAAAGUCAACCGGGGAAAUCUCCGUCAGAAGGACUGGAAAGAAGUGGCUGACACAGUAAACGCCCGUCAAAACGGCGUCAAGCCAGGGAAAACGGACGUCCAGUGCAAGAACCGGAUCGAUACGUUGAAGAAGAAGUAUAAGCAAGAGAAAGCCAAACCCGCUCCAUCUAAAUGGCCGUUUUAUUACCGUCUCGAUUCCCUCAUCGGGGUUAACGCUACCGUCAACCCCAAAAAGAAGCCGGCCAACGCCGUAACAUUCACAGUGAAAUCGAAGCCGGAGCUCUAUCCAGGAGUCUCAAAUUCUACGGAGGCAUCGUUGGACGACGAGAAAGAUGAGGACGAUGAUGAUUUAGGGUUUGAUGAAAGAGCUAUAAAGAAGCAGCAUCGAAUGGAGGAUGUUGAUUUCUCCGAUGGAGCUGCCUGUAGGGAAUUAGCGAGAGCUAUAUUGAAGUUUGGGGAGAUAUAUGAGAGAAUAGAGAGCUCUAAGCAGCAGCAAAUAGUGGAGCUAGAGAAGCAGAGAAUGGAGUUCACUAAGGAACUAGAAUUCGAAAGGAUGAACAUGUUCAUGGAUGCCCAAAUGGAGCUUGAAAAGAAGUCUUUGAAGCGCGCGAAACACACCUCUUCUGGUUCAGAAACUGUUUCAUCUGUGUGCAUUGGAGCAGUAUUGCAGGGGCCUGUGUAUCAGUGUUAAGGGUGCAUGUCCAAGAGCUAUAUUUGUCCAUGCUUAGGACAUUUUUAAUUCUUUUAGGGUGGAUGUUGAAUCCUGCCAAUGUAUGUAUGAUUGUAAGCGAUCGAAGGAAUAGUGUUAUUUUGAUGCUUGAAACACGUUUCAUGUAAGUCUCUUGACUUUUAUCACUGAUAUAGAGAUGUGUAUCUUUGAGAUCGUUAAACGUACAAGCUUCUAAGGUUUUUCCUUGAUUGAGACCCUUGGGGUGACCAAAAAGUUAAAUUGAGCAGUUGCAAGCGUGCGGCUGUUCGACUUUUGUUCUUCAGGACAUAUUUUGAGAUUGCUUUAGCUGAUUUGCCAAUGGUUCUCUCAAAGACUUUAACUUUGCCUAAUUUUACACAGGCUUGGCUAGGCAGACUGUCAAACUGCUUGGAAUUGACUUGGCAUACCACUUGAUUAAACCUAUUCUGAUCUGAGAUGGUGUUGGGUUUAAUAUGCAUAAAUUAUGCUUAACAUGUAGUAUUGUACUUGCAAUGUCCUUAACUCUGUACAGCCUAAUCUUAUUCACCAGAAACGGUAUGAUCAGGUUAUUUUUGCCAUAUAAACUACAGAUAGGGGAGAGAACUCAAGCCAGACCCAAACCAUGGGUAAUAUUUUUGGUGUUCUGUUUUUAUCACUACUGAGAGACUGAGACGUUGAUGGUAAUUAGUGAUGUGUCAAUCUUGUGAAGUUGUCGACAAUUUUGAAUAUGAGUAUCUGUUGGUUCUCAAAUGUGAGCUGAUCUGCAGGUCAUGCCGUAGAAUAGAAGGCAGUUGCAUUUUGAGUGGUCCAUUUUUGAAACACACAUUUACAAUCAUUCUUGUAUAAAUUUACCAAAUUUGAUAAGUAUGUAUGCAUUCACCCAAAGGUUUCUGGUGGGUCAACUUAUUCCUGUACCCUUUCCAUUACUAUCAUCUUCAGUCUGUUCUAAUACUUGGAUCUGCAAUCAUGGCU